AUAUUUUAUUAGGUUAUAUGAUCUAAGAGAGGGAUCGGCCCGGUCGCCAAUUUUCCCUCCAAAUUCGAGAUAACCAACUAUCUUCUCGGUAUUCGGUAAUCGGUAUAUUGAAUGCUUUGCAGUCUGCUAGUCUUCGUUGUUCUCCUAUGGCUUUGUUCAACGUUGAACGUUCAUUUCAUUGUUAUUUUGCUUCACGUAUCUGACAGAUAAUCUAAUAUGUUAUUACAGAAAAUGUGGUAAUUUAAAUUAAACUGAUUAUUUAAUAUUCUCAACUGGUAUGAACCAAGAAAGAAAAAUGAGUGAACAAUUGAAAUUAAAUGGUCAAGACAGUGGUGACAUUGGUAUGAUCAAAGUUAAAGAAGAAGAUGAGUUACGUGAAACAAAAUAUGAUGUAAGUGUACAUGAACAUUUUAAUAACGCCGAUGAAGAAAUCGAUAUAUCAAACAUUGGUUUCUUUCCAAAAGAAUUGCUAUUGGAAGAACAGCGCUUAAAAGAAGAUCACACAAAAAAAGAUGCAGAAUCUUUGGUUAAUGAUUUAGAUGAAAAAGUAAGAAAAGAAAGAUUUCAAAAUUUACUCACACUUUUAAGAAAUAGUAUUAAAUUAUCCAAUCUUUUUGAAUCCAGAUUAAAAAAAUGUAAACUUCAAAUUAUUAAAAAAGAACUGGGAAAAGCUAAAAAAAUGAAAGAAAAUAUGCCAAGUCAUAAAGAUGAAUCGACCAAGAUUACAAGUAACCAAUCAAUUGAAGAUAUAAACGAAGAAGAGUAUUAUUUAAGCUUAUUUCAACAACCAAAAUUAUUUCAUGGGAAUCUUAAGGCCCACCAAAUUGAAGGUCUCCUAUGGAUUAGAACUUUGUAUGAAAAUGGUUUGAAUGGAAUUUUAGCUGAUGAAAUGGGACUUGGUAAAACUGUGCAAACUAUUGCUUUUUACUGUUUUCUUUUAGAAAUGGGAAUAACUGGACCAUUUCUUGUCAUUGCUCCACUAUCUACAAUUCCCAAUUGGCUGUCGGAAUUUUCAAAAUUUUCUCCUAAACUCCCUACUGUUUUAUACCAUGGUACAAUAGCCGAACGCAUUGAAUUGCGACCAAAGUUCAAAAACACUCAAAAAGUUAAUAACUUAAACUGUCAACCAGUUAUAAUAACUACUUAUGAUGUUGUGCGUUUCGAUAUAAAAUUUGUAAAAAAUAUUGAUUGGAAAUUCAUAACAAUUGAUGAAGGACAAAAAGCGAAGAACGCCAAUGCCCAGAUAUCCAAAUGUAUGCGUGAAUUUAAUUGUACCAACAAGCUCAUACUUACAGGGACACCUAUUCAGAAUGAUAUGUCAGAAUUAUGGUCAUUAUUGAAUUGGUUGAUGCCUAAAAUUUUUGAUAAACUAGAAGAUUUUAACUCUUGGUUUGUUAUUGAUAAGUUCUUUGAUUCUAAUGACAAAAUUGUUAAUAUGGCCAAAAAGGAUGAGUUAUUAGACAUCAUUCUUAAGAUAUUAAAACCCUUUAUUUUGAGACGGGAAAAAAUUGAAACUGAUCUAAAGCUCCCACCAAAGAAAGAAAUUGUUAUUUAUGCUCCACUUACAGAGACACAAAUGGAAUUAUAUGAAGCGACAUUGAAUAGACAAAUGGAUAUAUUACUGAAUAAACCUAAGGAUAGUGAAGAUGUUAUUCUCCAAGUAAAUAGUAAGAGAAAAUGUGUGGAAAGCAUCAUCAAAUACACUGAUCUUAACGCUAUUAGAGUAAAUAUGCCAGAAAAAGAUCCUGAACAUAGAAGUGUGGCUAUUUCAGUUCAUAUGCAAAACCCAUGUGUUCAAUUGAAGAAAAUUGUUAAUCAUCCAUAUCUCGUACAAAUGCCUUUAAUUCCGGGGGAAAAUAAAUUACUUGUUGAUGAAAACAUUAUUAAAGUUAGUGGUAAAUUUCAGUUACUUGAUGCUAUGUUAACAAAAUUGAAAAUACUUGGCCAUAAGGUGUUGCUAUUUUCAACAAUGACACAGUUGAUGGAUUUAAUUGAAGAAUUUUUAAUGUUUCGUAAAUUUUCAUUUACCAGAUUAGAUGGAACUAUGCGUAUUCAACAUAGGGUUGAUGCAAUAACUACAUUUAACAGUGAUCCAGAUUGUUUUAUAAUGAUUCUUUCGACACGGGCCGGUGGACUUGGCUUAAAUUUAACAUCAGCAGACACUGUUAUUUUAUUUGAUAGCGACUGGAACCCUCAAGCUGACGUACAAGCGCAAGACAGGUGUCAUAGGAUGGGCCAAACUAAACCUGUUGUUGUUUAUCGUUUUAUUUGUAAGAACACUUUUGAUGAAAGAAUAUUGACAUUCGCAACCGCAAAAAGAAAACUAGAAAAAAUGAUCAUUGGCAGUGGUUCAUUUAGUAGAACUACAGCACUUACCGUGUCUAGCAUUGAAGAUCUGAUGACUUUAUUGAAAUCAUCAGAAUACACUAAGAAAAUACAACCAAAUGGAUUUAUUCUGUCUGAUGAAGAAUUAGAUGCUAUUUUAGAUCGAUCUGAUAUGUACAAUUCAGCACCAAUGACACUUGCUUCUCAGACUGCUGAACACUUUAAAGUAUUAUCAAACUCUUAAAUCUUUUUUUAUCUACCAGAUUUUGUUAUAAGGAUUACUUAGUUAAAUGUCACUUUUAGUAUGUAAAUUUAUUUUGAUAAAAUGUGAAUUUUUAAUGUCAAAUAUACUUCAUACUAUCAUAAGAUAAUUUAUACUUAUUGUACAUGUACUUUUAUGAGUGCAUUAAAUUAAUAAUUAUUAUACUUAAAUGUUUAAAUAUAAAAUAAACUUUUCAUUUUCUCACA